GGGGAGGGCCGGGGCGGCUGCGGGGCGCGGCCGGGCGUGCUGCCCCGCCGCACCAGGGUCGGCUGCCCGCGUCGUCCCCGGCAUGGGGGUCGGGCUCCGGCCGAGACCCGGCGGGUGGCGCUGACUUGAGCGGCACCCGCCGUUCACUCCUCCGCGCCCGCAGCCUCGCAGGGAGGAGGCCGGGCGGCGGCGGCCGGCGCCCGCGGGCGGGCGGGCAGGCGGCGCGGGGCUCAGCGCGGCGGGCCGCGGGGCUCGGGACCCGGAAGCAGAAGCGGGGCCGGGAGGCGGCUGGAUGGGAAGAAGCGGCGGCGGCGGCGGGCGGCGAUGGGGGAGCAGCAGAGCUCGCUGAGCGCCCCGAGGGCGGCCGCCGCCGCCGCGCCGCCGAGCCCGGCCGGGGACCCGCGGGAGCCGGGCCCGGACGAGCCGUCUCCACUGCGGGAGUUAGCUCCGAGCGGCGGAGCGGCUGGGCCGGGGCGAAGCGGGGAGCCGCCGCCGUCUCCCGCCAGCCCUGGGCGGCGAGGGGCUGAGGAGGAGACGGAGGCGGCGGCCGAGCCGGAGCAGCCGCCGGCCGUGGGGGAGCCGGCGGCCCUGGCGGAGGAGGGGCCGGAGGAGGGCAACGGCCGCCGCCGCCCCCCGCGGCGGCACGUGUACUGCACCGUCUACUGCGUGGAGAACGACCGGCCGGCGGCGGCCCCCGCCUCCUCCGGCGGCGGCCCGGGCGGCGGCGGCCUGGGCGUGGGGCAGCCCCCGGCGCGGCGCGGGGUGGUGGCGGGCAGCGACCCGCUGUCGGCGGGCGGCAGCAUCGAGGUGGUGGACUUGUACCUGCUGCCCGAGCCCUUCUCCGGGCUGAUCGCGGGGGAGUUCGGGCCGCUGCUGGUGCUGAGUUGCCGAGUGUGCCUGGAGGAGAAGCCCAUCAAGCCCCUGUCCUGCUGCAAGAAGGCGGUGUGCGAGGAGUGCCUCAAGCGGUACCUCAGCUCCCAGGUGCAGCUGGGACAAGCGGAUAUAAAAUGCCCGAUCACAGAGUGCAAUGAACACCUGGAUGAAACAACUGUCCUCUAUAACCUGCCCCACGAUGACAUCAUCAAGUACAAAUAUUUCCUGGAACUCAGCCGCAUUGACUCCAGCACCAAGCCAUGCCCCCAGUGCAAGCACUUUACAACCUUCCGGAGGAGAGGCCACAUUCCUACCCCUGCCAAAUUGGAGAACAAAUACAAAAUCCAGUGUCCGUCUUGCCAAUUUGUCUGGUGUUUCAAGUGCCACUCUCCCUGGCAUGAAGGUGUUAACUGCAAAGAGUACAAGAAAGGAGACAAGCUGUUGCGUCACUGGGCCAACGAAAUCGAACAUGGGCAGAGGAAUGCCCAGAAGUGUCCAAAAUGCAAGAUCCACAUCCAGAGAACAGAAGGGUGUGACCACAUGACUUGUUCACAGUGUAACACGAAUUUUUGUUACCGUUGUGGGGAGAGAUACCGCCAGCUCCGGUUCUUCGGAGAUCACACGUCAAACCUCAGUAUCUUUGGAUGCAAAUACCGCUACCUCCCCGAGAGGCCCCAUCUAAGGAGAUUAGUGCGAGGCUCUGUCUGUGCUGGAAAACUACUCAUUACACCCCUAAUACUGGUUCUGGGACUGGCACUGGGAGCCAUAGCUGUUGUAAUAGGUUUAUUUGUGUUUCCUAUCUAUUGCCUUUGUAAAAAGCAGAGGAAAAGGUCACGGACAGGUAUGCCCUGGUAAGGAUGGACCUUACUCACCUGAACUGAGCUGGUCCUGCAAGGGCUACAUGUGCUUUGUGCAACUGAGCAAUACAGUGCUGGUGACAGCGUCAAAGCCACCGCCCUGGAAGAAGAAGAACGGGAGAUCUCCUGCCAUCUUCCCUCAGCCGAAAACACUACUGCAGACCGGAAAGCCUCUUUGCUCUGGUUCACUCUGAACAAGAUGGACCCCCUGACUGCUGCUUUUUAAACGUUUUGUUUGGGUUUUUUGUUUUGUUUUUUAAUUAUUACUUUGGAGGGUUUUUUGAGUCUAAGUUUCUGAACUAGACAAUCAAAGUCUGUAUUGUAGCCAGAACUCUACUACCGACUUGGCCUGUGAAGAAAGCAUUUAACUGCUAACACGUGCUCCGUUUAACUUCAGUGUCGGCCUUUAAUGGGGAAAUGCUUAGAAGUGUUUGGACUCUUACUGUGUACUGAGCAUACUACUUUUGGUAUUAAAAACUACUUCUGUAAAUAACUUCCAUCCCACAGCAUUCUGUUCAGCAUACCGAAACUCCGGCACAUGCCAGAGCACGACAGCUGGUUAUCUUCUGAGUCCUCCUGCUAGUGAGCAAGAGUGUAGAUUGUCCCCUCCAAACUGCAGUGCCUCGGAGGGAAACAUCCUUAGUAGUGAAGCUCUGUCACACUUGAGAAUAUGCUGAUUGGUUUUGCUUUAGUAUUUUGUUUAUAACAGUGUAUUAAUAGUGAUUGGGGGGAUGAUGGAUUUGUUGGAAGAAAACAGCAUUUUGAAACUUGCACAGUACAGAAAGAAUGUGAAGGGUGUAGAUAAGAAGAGGUGUCAGUGUCCUGUCCCAAGAUAUCCAUGAAACAUGAUGCAGGAUGUACCAGGAAAUGCGGUAAAGCUGGAAAAAAAAAGCUGCUCUUUUGUUCUGACUUGGCAUAUAAUACACAUGCUACUCACUAGCUGUGUGAAGAUUGAAUUGACAAAAUUUUAUAACCUAAACAGCACAUUUUGGUUUUUUGUUUGUUUGAAGUAGGCUACAGAACCCUUAGAGCAUUCUUAUGAUGUCUCAUGAGGAAAAAUCUGUGAAUUUUGGUUAAGAGGAGGGAUCAUGAAUUUUUAGGGGACCAUUUCAUUCUUAUUCUCUGCUUCCAGUGUUUCUCUUCCUGCCAUGUUACAAAUCUGAAGAGAAUACCUAUCCUUGCUCUUUUUCCUAACUUCAGAGUACCACUGGUUGCCACCAGGCCUCUUUUUCAGCGUAUGGCCAAAAGAACAAAGUAAUUCAGAGUUACGAUUCAGCUACUGAGGUUUUUUUUCACUUUUAGUUAUAAUCCAAAUUUAUCAUACAAAUAUAACUUAGAAGAAAAAAAUAGAAUAAAAUUAAUUUGUGUAAGCAGAACACUGAAACAGUAAAGAAAGGAACUGAAUAAGAUAAAUAUGUACUUUAUACUUUAAAAAUAUAAGCUGAUCUUAGAGAAGAUUGGAUUUGUACUGUUGAAGGUACUUUUUUUUUUUCCCCAGUGUGUGUUUGAAGAUACAUAUAUAUAUUUGUGUGUGUGUGUAUAUAUGGGGAGAGGGGGAAGCAGGGAGAUGGGCAACGUCCCAAAGAGUGCAUAAACUUCAAAAUUUAGGCCUGCAAGUAGCGUAUCAUUUGAGAGGAUGUGUUUUGCACCGCUUUCUUUGAAAAUUGUUAUUAAAUCUGAAUCUAGUUGUAGCUUCUAAGUAAACAGUGUUCUGCCCCACCAACUUAGUACUGUUAGAAGACACUCAUUUUGACUUCAAAGCCUGGGUGGAAGAAACUGAUGAAUUCUGUUUACCUGGAAACACAAAUAUCAACUUACCAUAGUUGGCUACUAUGCUUGUUUACUGUCAGCUUCUGGUUUUGUUUUCUUGGGUUUUUUUUCUUGUUGAACAGUGUGUGCAAGCACACCGUAGUAGUCAACAAGUACCUAAUAUUUCCAUUUGAAUUUAAGGGCAUGUUGACCCUGUUGUCCUAACAGUAGAAAUAGUACCUAAGAUUUGUAAAUUAAGCGGGGAGGCAAUGACAUUUAGAAGUAAAGUUCAAAGCAUAUUGUCAAUGCAAAUCCACCCAUUAAUUAGAUUUCUUCUUCUGUGACACAUCAGUUUUCUAUUUAUGUUCUGUCUGAGGUUGGAAGCUGCCUUAAAAUCGGUCUUGGUUUUGAGUGUGUUUUCUGAGGCUGUACGUAUCAGUUGUCUUUGACUUACUCAGGGAUUUUUAUUCCUUUCUUUAAAUGUCAAAUAGAAGAUAUUUUUGUAUUAUUUAGAAAAACCUUCAGACCUCAGAGAGUGAGAGAGAGAGAUAGAAUGGGUUUGCAGUGCAGUCUAUAAUGUGGUGUCAAACUAUUCCACUUGAGAAUAUUUUAGUACUUGAGAUUACCUGUAAUUAACUAUACAGUUGAUUAAUUUCUUUUCUGGUUCUUUAUAAGUAUGUGAGAUAUUCCUACAGUUUUGUAGCUGUUUUCGCUCUGCCAUGUUUGCCAUUUUCAGUUUCUGAUGGGAAUUCACCAAGAUCUGAAAUUAAAAUGCUAGUAUAAAGAGCAUAAAAGGGAAGAUAAUAGAUCUGUACUUAUUGAUAUUCAGAACACAUAUCAUUGUGGGUGAAGGAAAGGAACACACAUCUUGACUCCUACAUUAUCAUUUCAUCUAGACCAUUUUGAUUUUAUUGGAACAGAUUAAAUCAAAGGGAAAUUGUUCUUCAUUUUCUACACAUAGAAAAACGAGGCAUCUUUGACCUUGUAAAGUUGAAUCUAAUCUUGCUUUCUCUGUAGAAAAAAAAUAAGAAUGACAAUAAUAUGUGCUUUUGCUUUUCUGCAGAAGAGGAAAAAAUUUCAAGAACCAGGCAGAACAGGGAUAUGGAAGUCUUUUCCAUCCCUUUAAAAAUAUCCUCACUUGAAUAAUGCAUAAAUACAAUUUUUCAUCAAUAUUAUACAGCAUAACCAACUGAAAUAUGAGAAGUAGUUUAGUACAAAACUUCAUUCAGUAAAAUGUUAGCUUUCAAACAGCUUUUCUCGUAUCAUAGGAAAUCUUAUAUACAUCAAAGUCAUGUCAUCUGUCUUACAAGCAUUAAUUUAUCAGUUUGAAAGAAAUGGAAUUAACUUUGGCAAUUCAAGGAUGUUUUUAUUUAAACUUUUUUCAUAACUGUAUGGAAACUAUCGGACUGUUCUGCUCCAUCUUUAUUAGCAGAAAGCUUCAGCAAGCAGCUGAAUUUGCCUGCAAAGGCAGAUUUUGUGCUACUGUAUGCUGAUCAUCAGGAUUGCUUUCACCACAUUUAAUAUUUAAGAUUAUUUAUCCUUGUGAGAAGUUGUUGCUCACCGAUAUCGGUGUUCAGACUAGGAAAUGCUUAAAUCCAUUCUACACCAGCUUUCUAUUCCUGGCUCGCCUGGAAAAGGGUUUGCCCAGGCACUGAGGUAUCUUUGCAGGUGUGAGGUGGGAGCUGCGCGUACCUGGUCCUGCUCUCUUUCUCCACUCCAAGUAAUUAGUUGUAUUUCAUUAAUUGGGUCAAGUUUCAGGACUUCUCGACCAUGUCAGGGGCAGCGUGAGUCUGAGUGCUGCGGACUCUCAGGGCACGGUUAGGUAUGUUUGCAGAGCUUAGCCAGGAGCUUGUGACUGGAAAAUAAUUGUGCUUUUCCUUGUGUCAGAUCCCCAUUAGCCAGUGAGAAGAUGAAACUGAGUAAGAAUACAAGCAAGAGGUAGGGCAAUUCUAAACAGCCUCAUGUUCUAGUUACACACAAAAAAGUCUUCAGUUCUCACCCUCUUUAUAAUAAACAGCAUAUUCAUAUAUUUUAAAUAUUGUUAAAAUACAGCGCACUUUGAUCUAUUAUCUUCCUUUGGGGCAGUGCAAGUGUGUAAGUAAGGGAGGAUUUUGAUGUUACUGAUGCCGACUUUGUAACUCUUUGUGGCAUGCAACGUUUUUUUUUGUUUUGCUUUAAUUUACAUCUAUCUAUUGUUUCUGAAAGUUUGAUCAACGUGAAGAUUUGCUUUAUUAAAAAUAUUAACCUGCAGGGACUAUUGCCAAUUUGACUAGCAGAUAUUUUGGAUCACCAUCAGGUAUUCUUUUUAGCCAAGGGGCUUUCUGCUCUUCCAAAGACUGCCAUAGCUCCUACGGUGUUAAGUGGUGUGUGGGUAGGGCAGUAAUUCUGUCAGAGGAUACAAAUUCUUUAGUGUUUGAAUGGUUUCUCUUGCCAGUUAGAUCUGAGAAACUGUUUCGUAUUCAAUAGCCAAAUAGUUUGUCAUGCAGACUCUGAGUUUUUUAAAAUUUAGUUGUGGUGGUUUGUUUCUUGAGCAAAGCUUGUGUCAUUCAUAAUGCUUGGUAUGAUAAUUGUGUAGCUCCAAGUUGUGGUAAGAACCAUGGGUUACUGUUACUUUUAUAAGCUAUAGUAGAUCUCUGAUUUUGCUAAUGCGAAGAAUCCUUUGGAAACUAUUAGAGAGAUAAUUUCUUAGUUUCUUUUAAGUUUGCAGCUUUAUAGUUGGAGCAGGUCAGCAUCAUUCCUGAGAUCAGUCAUGGCCUCAUUAAACCAGAGAAGUCAUACCCAUUUUUAUGCCAGCGUGAAAUUUGGCCCCAAAUACUUUGAUAAAAAAUCUGCAAGUGUGUUGAUAGCCAUUGUGCAAGAGCUUGCAAAUCUGGUUCACUUCUUCAGAAGUGCAAACUACCAUGGAGCCCAUCCUCUUACUUGCAGAAUGAUAGUAGAGCUGGUUAAUAAAAAGUGCAGGAGAGAGCAGGGAGUAGGGAAGAAUUUCCAAACAACGUUUUUAUUAAAGGAAAUAAAUUGUCAGGGAAAGGAAUACUAGUUUUCAAUAUAGUAAAGAGACUUUUGUAAUGUUUUGAGUCACCACUCAAGUUAGAAACAACAUCCCUAGACAGUGUUAAAUAAUGUAUCUUAAAAUUCUCCUCUCUUCAGUGCAACAGAUGUGAGCACAGUAUAAGAAUUGGAAUUACACCUGUUCAAUGUUUUUUUGACUUAACAGAUGAAUUUGAAAAAGAGGGCACAAAACAUUUAAAAAGUUAUGUUGCUGAUAUAUUUGGUGGCUUGUCUUGCUACCAUUGUAUGAAAAAACAGCUUAGACUUGAUUCAUCUGCAAGACUAGCGGUGUUUUCACUUAAGUACUAAGCUAUAACACAACAGGCCCAAACUUUUUUCUUAAUAAAACUAACAAAUGCAGCCUGUUGCAGUUACACAGGACUUCCUGGCUCAUUCUUCAUUGUCAUUCUGUGCAUAAAGACUCAGGAUCUAUACAUUCUCUCUCCAGUAAGGAAUGGAGUGCUCAUAUUAAGCAAUUAAUCACUGAUGCUCCUCUUAGCCUGACAGUGAAACACCAUAAGGGAGGGAAAUGAAAACUGAUCUUGGAGUGCAUGCUCUGGUUUCAAAGGUAAAAAUGUGUAGUAAGCUUUGGUUACUUACUCCCUAGUAACAAAUAAAUACAUACAUUUCUCAGCAGAAUUCCAGCUGUUUGUUUCUAAAUAUAUCUAUAAAAAGAGAUUAGUUAUAAGAGCAAUUAGUUUAUUUAAAAAUGCAUAUUGUGCAAAAGAAAACCUUUUUGGAGCUUAUUUGGCUUAUCAAAACUUGAAAAAAUAUUCUGAAGUGUUUUGGAUGGAUCCAAGUCAGAAGUGGGAAAAAUUAUUGUGUAAAAAUAUUUUAUAUUUUUAGCAUAAACAUGGAUUUUGCACAUACUUGCUUAAACACAGUGGCAUGCUAACCCCGUUCAGUGUUUAACUUGUUGAAAACUUGUUAGACUGAAAAUAGUAUUGUUGCAAUUUUAACCUGCAGUCACUGAGCAUGAUGUUACUAAUAUGAUGCCACAUUUACCUCAUUUUUAGAAGGAAAAUCUACUUACAGAAUGCAAACAAGCUGUUGAGAUAUUUUAAACUUGUCCUAUACAAGUGCUGAUGCAGUCAAGAAACAUUUUCAUGCCUUAUGCAAGUUCUGGAUAAGCAGAUGGAUCCAGUCUUUAGUCAUGGAGUAUCUUUUUGGGUAAAAAAUGUGCUCUUAAGAGUUCUUCAUAUCAAUUUACAUUCUGCUGCUUCAUGUCCAGAAAUUGCAAGUACAGGGGUAGAUCUACAUUUCACUGUGUUUACCAUCUCAUAAGAAAAUGUUUACCAUAUUUCUAUUUGUUACACACUUUAUUUCUAAGGCUCUCCUUUUCCUUUGAAUUUUGUAAUUUGAAAAUGACUUGUGAAAACAGCUGAAGUUGGACCUGGAAAAUGUGGUCUCAUGAGAGGUCAUUUCAGUAAUGCUUUGCUGAGCUAUACUAGUUGUAUUUUAAUUACUUAAAUGCAAAAUGCUGAAAGGACUUUUAGCUUUUCAUUUUUUUAAAUGUAAUUAUACAGCAUAGUCAUGUUUGUUACAUAACUAACCAUCUGAAUCCAAAUAACUUCUUAAGGUAUUUAUUCUUUUGACUGUGGUAGAGUUGAGAAUAAUAGGUGCUGAGAAAAAGAAAAUAUGAUCUAUGUUUCUGAGGAUGUUGUCCAAGCUGAACAUUGUCUUAAUUCCAUGAUAAUUCAAUGAGAAAUCUUCCCCUGCCCCAUCUCUUUUAUAUAUUUUAAGGUAAAGAAUUCCCUUUAAAAUAAUGUUAAUUUAAAUGACAGGAAGUCAGGGUAGUGAGAUGAUCAUUUUCAUCCUACAGGCUUCUGGCACAACUAGAGUGCCGCCUAAACACUGCAGGUUCAUCAAGAAAGUAAUUCCUAACUCCACAUUUGGGCUACGUACAAACAGGACACAUGAGUGAUUACAAACUUUCUGUAGUAUAUUUAUUUGAUGGCUAAGAAGUUAUAAAAACCGUGGUUAGGCAAUACCCAUGUAAUCAAUGCUUGAAUUCCAGUAUUCAGUGUGUUUUGUAUAAUGAGGAAUUUUAAAUGUGUAAGUGCCUUAUUGCUUGAAACAAAUGAAAAGUGUUUGUUUCCCUCCAUAAAGCAAUAUGGGAAUUUCUGUUCUGUGUACUCCUAUCAACAUGUAAAGCCAAAGUAGCCAAAUUUUGGUUUGCUCAGAAAGUUGAAAAAUGUUACAUUAGUGAAAAAUUUAUCUUUAUAUGAUCUAUAAAAGUAAUUUGGCAUGCCCGUUUUAAUUCUGAUGAUCUUGAUCUCAUUUUUGAGUUUUCUACCUUGCUGUUUACACACCACAUGCCCCACCCCCUGUCUCCUUUCAGACUUCUGCAUAAAUGCAUCUUAUAUGUGUUGUCAGAACGAGUUGGGUCUUCCAGCAUAACCAGAUAGGAGUUUUCAGCCACUUAAAGAAAUGCAACUUCUUUGGAAAAGAGAAUUCAGCUGCAGUUAGGUUAGACCACAGCCCAUGGUAUGUGUACCCUCAAACAAGCCCUGUUUGCACUAAUUGAUGAAGCUGGAAGCACUGAGGAGCGAGGUGUGCAAGUGCACUGUAGCCCAGAGCAGUGUAACAGCAUUUCAGUGGUAUCCAACCUGAACUAAUGUAUCCUGUUAAUAUAAGUUGGUAGUUUCUCUAAGGUUUGGGUAUCCUGAUGGAGUAAACCAUCAAACAAGCUUAGUGGAGCAGCUCUGGGAUCUCUGCCCAGCCCUCCAUUGCAUAGUGGAAAGUGUGAUAUGCAAAAGUAGUUAUUGCUCUACCAUCUUCAGAUGGCUUCAAAAUGGAUACUGUAGGGUUUGUUUCUUCUGCUGGGAUUACUUCCUUUCCCAGAAGACAGUGGAAUGUUGCCUUUUAAGAUCUACAUUUUCUAAAGGACCUGGUUUUUUUUCUUACUAACAUUGCUCCCAAUUUGUCCAUUUAUUGGAAGUCAGGUGCCAAGAAUAAGAUACUUUUCUAAAAUGAUCUUUAAUAAUAUGAAUUGCUGUUAGAAAAUAUCUUUUAAAAAUUAUUGAAGUUAUAAAGAGGUACUUAUCAGAAGGUAAUUGAGAUAAUAAUAGGGGGAGUAAGAUGAAAAAUUAUGCUCAGAACAUCCAUCUGUUGUAGUUUCAUAAUCAUAAAAUGGUUUUACUGUGUUCAGUUUCCUCCACUAAGAAUUUGUGAAGGAAGGAAAGAACAGAGGGAGAAAUGAAGAUGAGAAGAGUAUCUCUUGGAACCUUCUCCUGAAAUUGUGAGUUUUUCAGAACUGUAGAAGAGGCUUUCCCCAGCAGCCCUCUCCCACCCCCCACAAGUUCUUCAUUAGUAAUAUAGCUGUUAUUUGCAGUGUUAUCUCUUCAUGAAGCAUCAAAUGAAAGCAUCUAAUCAGGAUUCAGCUUGCAUAUCAGAAGGUUUUGGUGAUGGGAGCCAUACUGUAAUAAAAUUAUGAGUGAAUUAUCACUCUUACAGAUAUCUUUUAUUUCAGUAUUAUCUCCAAUGAUUAGGCAUUAACUAAGUCAUUCUGUAACCCAUUGAAUUGGAGGCACCAUGUAUCAAAAUAAUUCUUCAAUCUUAUGAGUUACUGUUCAUUUAAAAAAGUUAUUCCCUUAAAUUCUUCUCUCUUAAAACCAGCAGGAACACAACCAAAUAAUGAAGAAGUUUCCCACUAUCUUUCUCUUGCAAUUAGCUGAUAACUGUAUUUUUUUUGUUGCAUAGUAUUGCAACAAUGGUCUUCAUGCUGUAAUAACUUGACAAAUACAUUCAGUAGUCUCGGGAAAUACUUUAUUGAUAAUCCAUCUUCAAGUUGGUAUUCUAAAUGUAUGCCAAUCACUGUUGAGUGUGCUACCUUUGUGGCUGCUUUAGUUCGUGUCAGUGUUUUGUAAGGAUUAUUUCUUGCUGCCCUCUUCAGAGUGCCUUUUUAAUUUAAGAGGUCUAGAGACGGUUCACUGAAGUCUUCUGUUGAAUCUACCGUAGUAAUGUCUGAUUUUUAAACUCGUCCUGAUGAAUGUAUAACUAAAAUCCUGUUCUUUAAAAAGCUAUAGUAGACACAGGUUGUAUAUGCACAUGUACAUGCAUGGAUACAAGGGAAGGUGUUCUGCCAAUGUUUGUCCUGCUGGACAGGACCUUUUGAAAGUAAGUGAAUUUUUUAACAGUUUUAUUUUCAAAAUAUUACCUCACUAGUAUUCAGUAGUAGGUAUGUCUCUGUACUGCUUCACUUUGCUAAAUACAAUCAUAUCCAUGGUAGGCAGUUUAAUUUAAAAGACUCUGCAAUUAAUCUGGUUUCCAUAUAAAGAGUGAAGUUUGUAAGUCAAAACUUACAGUACUUUGUUUCCUUUAAAGGCAUUCCUUCCACUUACACUGAUAUCCCCAGCCCCUGUUACCGACAGACUGAAAAAGUGCUUCCCCAUGACGAAAUGGAAGAAUGCAAGGUAGCAUUUGAAUGCACUCCACCUGUCUUAGAGUCAAUAUUGAGAAAUAGGAGGGAGGGGGGUUGUGGAUUUAAUGACUUGUGGGAAGCCAUAUGCUGUAGAGUUUGUUCACUUGCACAAAAGGGGUUUUACAAUGUCAUCUAGUAACGUCUACCUAAUAAAGUUUUGAAAAAGAAAAAUAAAA